AUGGUUUACCCCCGCGAUUCCAAACCGACCUACACCAACACUGAUUCCGUCCAUGCGCCUGUUCUAGACUGGUCAACCACACCUCUCGCCACUGAUUACCCAGGGCACUACGUGAAGAUUCUCGACGACGUCUUCUCUCCAGGAGAGUGUGCCGAGCUGAUCGCGCUCGCCGAAUCCGAUGCGCAGUGGAAGCAGGCGGCAGUGCACUACGGUCUCGGCGCACACCAGAACUACGUCGACACCGAUUACCGAAAUAGCGAGCGCAUCCUGCGAUUCGAUAACGCAGCGGCAGACAAGCUGUACCAAAAGUUGCUACCUUGCGUGCAAGAGAUUGUCGAGAUCAAACCUGGCAGCGAAUGGGAGGGCAUUAUCGGCCCUCCAGGUAGAAUAAACGAGACGUGGAAGUGUGUUGGCAUCAACGAGCGCUUAAGCUUCUUGAAAUAUGGCAAGGGAAAUUACUUCCGAGGCCACUGUGACGGUCAGCUGGAGCUUCCAGACGGGCGCUUAUCGCGAGUUACACUCCAAAUCUACCUUGGAGAGGAGCUCGUCGAGGGUGGCGCCACACGGAUUAUGGGGGGCAAGGACCGAUAUCUGGAUGUUCUCCCCAAGAAGGGACGCGUCCUCAUUUUCCAACAACGGAACAUCUAUCACAGCGGUGAGGACGUGACAAAAGGUAUCAAGUACACCCUCAGAAGCGACUUCAUGUUCCGCAGAUUCAAGGAAUAA